AGACCGGGCUGCAAGAUGGCCCCCCGCCAACUCUCCUGCUUCCUUCUGCAGGUGGCCCAGGCCUCCAGCCGACUGGACGAGGCCUCGUUCCCGGAAGACACAGAGCCCGAGAGCACGCACUGGCUCCGGAAGGGCUACGACAGCACCUUUGACGAUGAGGACCUCAUGGCCGGAGGCCCCUCUGGAGAUGAGCACGGGAGUGGGGAGAACGGCAGCGGGGCCGUCUCCCUGGAUCAGAUCGUCACCUCUGCCCAGCCUCUCCCCUCUACAGACCUUCCAUCUCCUCCUCCUCCUCUUCCCCCUCCUGUGGGGCCCCCUGCUCCGGCAAAUCUGGCUGCCCCCGAGCCGGACGAUGAGUCUCCUCUCAUCUACUUCCGGGCCCUGGUGAACUUCACCCAUUCCAUCGAGUACAGCCCCCGCCUGGAAGAUGUCAACUCAGAGGCCUUCCAGGAGGUGUCCGAAGCGGUGGUGGACACGCUGGAGUCUGAGUACAACAAGAUCCCUGGCGAGCAGUCGGUCAGCGUGGUAUUUAUCAAGGAGAUCGAAGGCUGCGUCUUCGUGGAGCUGGACGUGGGCUCCGAGGGGAACACGAAUGAAGAGCAGAUCCGCGCGAUGCUUUUCUCCAUCGUGGACAGCAGGUCCAUCGCCGCCUACGAGACGUCCACGCAGGGAUUCCAGUUCCGGCGACUGGGAACAGUCACCCCAGAGAUCCGGGCCUGCACUGCGGAGGAGUUCUCUUGCCGCAGCGGUGAAUGCAUCCCCAGGGAGUUCUUCUGCGACCGGCGGCCGGAUUGCCGCGACAUGUCGGACGAGCUGGACUGCGAAGAGCCUGCACCCCCCGAGUGCGCCCACGGGGAAUUUCCCUGCGACAGCGGUGAAUGCGUACACCAGGCGUUGCGGUGCAACGGACACCCUGACUGUGGAGAUGCUUCGGAUGAGGAUGGCUGCGGAGAAUUCGAGUGGCCCUCGGUGCCCUCCCCGUGGCCAAGUACUGCCCGGCUCCCUGCCACCACCUCCCCGGUCACCACCCGCCGAGCACCGGUCACCCUGCUGCCUCAGGUCGUGCUCUCCAAGCCCCCGCUGUUCCCCGGAUUGCGUCCCUGCCGGAAAGACGAGGCCAUGUGCUCCAACAGGCAGUGCAUCCCGCGGGACUACGUGUGCGAUGGCGAGAGGGACUGCUCGGACGGCAGCGACGAGCAGAACUGCGGCACUCCCUCACCCUGCGAACCCAAUGAGUUCAGAUGCCGGAACGGGCACUGCGCCCUCACGCUCUGGCGGUGCGACGGGGACAACGACUGCGCCGACGGCUCAGAUGAGCUGAACUGCCCCACCAAGGGCCCCGGAGACACCUGUGGCCCCGACCAGUUCGUCUGCCUCUCCAGCCACACCUGCAUCCCAGCCAGCUACCAGUGCGACGAGGAGGCCGACUGUCUGGACCGCUCGGACGAGAUCGGCUGCAUCCCUCCACAGGUAAUCACUCCCCCUGAGGAGUCCAUCCAGGCCGCCCCAGGAGACACCGUUCGCUUCACCUGCGUGGCCGUGGGCGUGCCAACGCCCGUCAUCUCCUGGAGGCUCAACUGGGGUCACAUUCCCAGCAGCCGCAGGGUGACCUUCACCAGCGAGAACGGCCGGGGGACGCUGGUCAUCCGGGAUGUCAAGGAGGCCGACCAGGGAGCUUACACCUGCGAGGCCAUCAACGCCCGCGGGAUGGUCUUCGGCAUUCCUGAUGGCGUGUUGAGCCUCACGCCUGGCCGAGGGCCAUGCCCCGAAAGGCACUUCCACAUUGAAGGGACCGGCCAGUGCUUGCCCUGCUUUUGCUUCGGGGUCGCCAAAGUGUGCCGCGGCACCGGCCGCUACCGUCAGCGAAUCCACCUCCGAUUCGAUGAAUACAACAACUUCAAAGGGGUGAACGUGACCACGUCCGAUCCGCCCGGGACGCCUCCCCUCGCCUCUACGCAGAUGCAGAUUGACCGCGGCGCACAGGAGUUCCAGCUGGUCGAUCUCUCUCGGCGCUUCCUCGUGCAUGACUCCUUCUGGACCCUCCCCAAGCAGUUCCUGGGGAACAAGGUGGAUUCCUAUGGAGGGUCUCUCCAGUUCUCGGUGCGCUACCAUCUGGGCCGAGGGCAGUCGGAGCCCGUCCGGAAGCCGGAUGUGGUCAUUGUGGGCAAUGGGCAGAAGCUGCUCUAUUGGCUGCCGGUGCCUCCCGACCCCUUUGUGGUCAACCAGCGCCAGGUCCAUUUCACUGAGGAGAAAUGGCAGAAGGAGUCCGGGGACCCGGUGAGCCGGGAGGAAUUGCUUCUCACUCUGCAGAACCUGGAGGCCAUCAUGAUCCAAACGGUUUACGAUAACCGGAUGGUCACAGUGGGGCUGAGCAACAUCAUCAUGGACACCACUACCACAGAGGUCACCAGCCUGGGUGUGGCGCAUCACGUGGAGGAGUGCAGGUGCCCGGUGGGCUACUCCGGCCUGUCCUGCGAGCAGUGCGACCCUCACUUCAAGCGAGUGCCCGGCGGCCCGUACCUGGGGACCUGUUCCGGGUGCAGCUGCCACGGCCAUUCCAGCACCUGUGAUCCUUCCUCUGGUUAUUGCCUGAAUUGCCAGCACAACACUGAAGGGCCGCGGUGUGACAAAUGCAAGCUGGGCUUCUUUGGGGAUGCCACCGACGCCACCCCGGCAGCCUGUCGGCCUUGCCCGUGCCCAUACACCGAAGCUCCGCGCAGGUUUUCCAACUCGUGCUUCUUGGAUACGGACAGACAGGCGACCUGCGACGCCUGCCUCCCAGGCUACACAGGACGCCGCUGCGAAAGGUGCGCUCCGGGCUAUGAAGGCAACCCCAUCCUGCCGGGCGGGAAGUGCGUGCCGGUUGCAGGAGCCCCACCCAGCGUCCAGACUCCAGGGAAAGAGCCGGUCCUCUGCGAUGAGCGAGGGGGCAGGAAGGCCUUGGAUGGGGCUUGCCGGUGCAAGCCCAACGUCCAGGGGCCGCUGUGCAACGAAUGCGUCACGGGCAGUUUCCACUUAAGCCACGGGAACCCCGACGGCUGCCUCCGCUGCUUCUGCAUGGGGGUCUCACGCCAGUGCGCCAGCUCGUCAUGGAGCAGAGACCAGGUGGAGCUGGCAUACGAGGAUGCCGAGAGGGGGCAGUUCAGCCUCGCCAACUCUGCCAACACCCGGACGGUCAGCGAGGGGAUCCGCUUCACAGGGGCGUCGGAGCUCACCUUCUCUUCCUUCCACGUUCUGCCACGGGACGUCUACUACUGGGUGCUGCCCGAACGCUUCAAGGGCGACAAGGUGACCUCGUACGGCGGAGAGCUGCGCUACACCAUCACACACGACGCCUUCCCCGGCUCCCCUCCACUGCGUGGCCAGCCUGAUGUUCUGCUGCAAGGAAACGGCAUUUUCCUGGAGCACGUGGCUGCCACGACCCCCCUGCCUGGGGCGCCAGCGGCCUUUGUGGUGCCUUUCCGGGAGCAAGCCUGGCGUCGUGCCGAUGGACAGAAUGCCACCCGGCAGCACCUCCUGAUGGCGCUGGCUGACGUAGAUCUUUUCAUGAUCCGUGCCUCCUAUGCUGAGCAGCCCUCGGAGACCAGGAUCUCCGACAUCCACAUGGACGUGGCAGUGCCACAUGCCACAGGCUUGAACCCAGCCGUGGAGGUCGAGGACUGCACCUGCCCGCCAGGAUACCGAGGGCCAUCCUGCCAGGACUGUGACGUUGGCUACACGCGCACCACCAGUGGCCUCUAUCUGGGCAUCUGUGAGCCCUGCAGUUGCCACAGGCACGCCACCAAGUGCGACGUGGAGACGGGAGACUGCCAGGGUUGCCAGCAUCACACGGAAGGCCACCACUGCGAACGCUGCCAGCCUGGAUUCUACGGGGAUGCCCAGCAGGGGACACCCAGGGACUGCCAGCCGUGCCCCUGCCAUGGACCAUCCUCGGCCAGCCAAGAAACCAGGACCUGCUUUGUGGACGCAGAUGGGCAGCCGACCUGUGACUCCUGUACCGCGGGCUACAUCGGGCGGCAGUGCGAAAGGUGUGCUCCCGGCUACGUUGGGAACCCCAGCCAGGGUCAGCCCUGCACAGAUUCCAGCUCCCGGUGCCAUUGCCACCCGCAGGGCAGUGUCAGCAGCCAGUGUGAUGCCAGUGGGCAAUGCCAGUGUAAGGGCCACGUGGAGGGCCUCUCCUGCGACAGCUGCCGCCCUCACCACUUCCACCUGAGUGCGGAGAACCCGGCGGGCUGCCUGCCCUGUUUCUGCAUGGGGGUCACCCAGCAGUGCACCAGCUCGUCCUACUACCGGGACGUGGUCACCAGCUCCUUCCAGCCUGGAGAUUUCCAGGGCUUCGCGCUCAUCAACCGGCAGCGCAGCGUCCGCCUCCCGACCGGCCUUGUGGUGGAGAUGUCCCCCGAGGGCCCUCAGCUCUCCUAUGGCGGAUUUGGGGAGCUGGGCCAGGAGUCCUAUUACUGGCAGCUCCCGGACGCCUACCUGGGGGACAAGGGGGAGACCUAUUAUGCCCGGAUGCGUCGUGCCCACAAGAACUCCACGUCCCUCUCGGAGGAGCAGCUGAGGAAGGAGGUGGCCGCGGGGCGGAUCCCCCGUCCCCUGGCCCCCGAGAGCAGGGGCAAGCGAGCCGCUCAGGCCCGGGAAGCCCAGCUGAGACAGGACGCCGACAUCUGGGAGAUGCUUUCCCGCUUUGUGGCAGAAGGUGGCCCCCCCAAGCCCCCUCCGCCGGCCAGAUUGCAGAGGCCCUCUGUGGCCCGCAGGGGCCCUCCGCCCCCCCCUCGCUCUGCUGCUUCCCCAGGCAGGGCUUCUCUGCUCCCUCCUUCUCUGGCCGCCCCUCCUGGCUCACCCCCCCAGGGAGGUGGUCUUCCCAAAGGACGGUCCCUCGAUGCCUCCAACGACCUGCUCUCCGCUUCCCAGCACCGCCUCAGGGGGGCCGAGGCCCCAAAGCACCGGCUGCUCUACCGAGGGGUUUCCCAGCUUCCCGAAGGCACUCUCUACUGGGAACUGCCCAGGUCUUUCCUGGGGAACCAGGUGGGCUCCUACGGGGGACGCCUCCGCUACACCCUUUCCUACGCGGCUGGAAGGAGAAGCACGCCCCUGCCCGAGGCCGACGUGCAGAUUACCGGCAAUGACAUCACCCUGGUGGCCUACCUGUCCGAGCUGCGACCCCACGAACGCAAGAGUUUCGAGGUGGUCUUCCGGGAGCAAUUCUGGAAGCGGCCAGACGGGCAGCCGGCCACCCGGGAGCACUUGAUGAUGGCCCUCGCAGACCUGGACGAGAUCCUAAUCCGCGCCACGCACUCCACAGACAUGUUUUCGACAGGCAUCGCUGGCGUCAGCAUGGAGACCGCGGUGCCCACCUACACCAGUCUGCCCCGGGCUUUGGAAGUGGAAGAGUGCCGCUGCCCCCCCGGAUACCAGGGCCUCUCUUGCCAGGACUGCGCUGCCGGCUACACCCGCACCGGUGGCGGGCUGUACCUGGGCCACUGCACGCUGUGUGAGUGCAACGGGCACUCGGAGUCCUGCCACCCAGAGACCGGCACUUGCUCGCACUGCCUGCACCAGGCAGCUGGGGAGUUCUGCGAACGGUGUGCCCCCGGCUACUAUGGAGAUGCUACCGCUGGGACCCCCGAGGACUGCCAGCCGUGCGCUUGCCCACUGCCAGAUCCUGAGAACCAAUUCUCACGGACGUGCGAGAGCCUGGAGGGAGGCGGCUAUCGCUGCACCGCCUGUGAACCCGGUUACACCGGCCAGUACUGUGAACAAUGUGCGACCGGUUAUACGGGGAACCCCAACAUCCGCGGACAGAAGUGCGUUCCUCUGGGACCUCCGGACAAGCCCCGCCUCGUCAUCCAAGUCCACCCCCCCCGGACCACUGUCUCUCAGGGAAGCGAAGUGACGCUGCGUUGCCACGUCAGUGGGGAGCCGCCCCAUUACUUCUACUGGUCCCGGGAAGACGGGCGCCCGGUGCCAAGUACCGCCCAGCGCAGGCAGCAAGGGUCGGAGCUCCACUUCACCAGCGUCCAGCCCUCGGAAGCCGGCGUCUACAUCUGCACCUGCCGAAACCCGCAGUUCAGCAACUCCAGCCGCGCCGAAGUUAUCGUUACAGAAGGCCCCAGCAAGCCCAUCAGCGUGACGGUGGAAGAGCAGAAGGUGCAAAACGUCAAGCCGGGCAGCGACGUCACCUUCAUCUGCACGGCCAGGAGCAAGUCUCCUGCUUACACGCUGGUGUGGACACGGCAGAACAACGGGAAGCUGCCCGUCCGGGCCAUGGACUUCAACGGCAUCCUGACGAUCCGCAACGUGCAGCCGGAGGACGCCGGCAUCUACAUCUGCACGGGCUCCAACAUGUUUGACAUGGACGAGGGGACGGCCACCCUCUACGUGCAAGCUCCGUCGAAGACCCAGAUGUUCUAUGGUCCUGUAGAAAUGCUGGAAGGCCACAGACCUUCUGGAGCAGCCGUCCAGCCAUCAGCCACCAUUGAACCCCCCCAGCUGAGUGUCCAGCCGGGCCAGUCAGCCGAGUUUCGCUGCAUCGCCACGGGAAGCCCGGAACCCACCGUGGAGUGGAUCGGAGGACCCGGGGGUGUGAUCUCCCCCAAGGCCGUCAUCCAGGGUGGGAUCCUGCGCUUCCCUGCGGUAGAGCCUGCCGACGAGUCCCAGUACCUGUGCCGGGUGCGAAGCAGCGCCGGGCAGCACGUGGCCCGAGCUUUCCUGCAAGUGCAAAGUACCAGCGCCCCCCAAGUGCAGGUGAGCCCCGAACGGACGGAAGUGCAUGAGGGCAGCACCGUCAGGCUGUACUGCCGGGCUGCAGGCUCCCCGGCAGCCACCAUCACCUGGGAGAAACAGGGUGGCAGCUUGCCUCCGCAGUCCCACUCUGAGAGAACAGACAUCGCGACCCUGGUGAUCCCCUCCAUCACGGCGGCCGAUGGAGGGGUGUACCUGUGUGUGGGCAGCAGUCCGAUGGGAGUCGGCAGAGCCCGGAUUGAAGUGGUGGUUAUUCGGGCGUCCGGUGUUUCACCGAUCGUCAAGAUUGAGCCUUCAUCCUCUUCAGUCACCGAAGGGCAGUCCUUGGACCUGAACUGCGUGGUGGCCGGCCACCCUGGGGCAUCCGUCACGUGGUAUCGGCGAGGAGGGGCCCUGCCAGCUAACCACCAGAUCCACGGCCCCCUCCUGCGGAUCUUGCAAGUUUCUGCAGCUGACUCCGGUGAAUACGUCUGCCGGGUCAGCAACGGAGCUGGGCCGAAGGAAGCCUCCAUCAAGGUGACCAUCCAGCAGAGCCACAGUACCUCCCACGGGCCACCCCCGGUCCGGAUCGACUCCUCCUCAUCUUCCGUCACCGAGGGCCAGGCCUUGGACCUCGCCUGCCAGGUCACUGGUCUCUCGCGGCCCAGAGUCACUUGGUACAAGCGGGAAGGGGCUCUCCCGGCGGAUUGCAAGAUUUCUGGCUUCCAUCUGAGGAUUCCCGAGGCCACGGCAGCAGACUCGGGCGAAUACGUGUGCCGGGUGACUGACGGUGACAGUGGCGUCGUUCAAGAGGCCUCCAUAGUGAUUACUGUGCACAGCAGCUCCCGAACAUCAGGAGUCAGGCCUCCCCUGUGGAUCGAGUCUUCGUCGCCCUCCGUGGUCCAAGGACAGGCCUUGGACUUGAACUGCGUCGUGGCAGGCCAGACCGGUGCCACCAUCACGUGGUACAAGCGAGGCGGGUCCUUGCCAGCCGGCCACCAGGUAUCGGGUUCCCACCUGCGCAUCCCCCUGGUCUCCCUGGCCGACCUGGGCGAAUACGUCUGCCGCGUCAGCCUGGAUUCCGUCACCCGAGAAGCUUCCGUCCUCGUCUCCCGCAGCCGCUCCUCCUCCAGUAGGUCUGGGCUGCCCGCAGGAGGGCCGGGGGACCUGGCUUCCGUGGGGCUGGCUGGCUCCUCACCUGCCCUUCUGCUCUCCCCAGCCUUUGGUGUGGCUCCCCCUGUGAGAAUCGAGGCCUCGUCAUCCCUCAUAGCAGAAGGGCAAACUCUGGAGCUGGACUGCGUUGCUGCCCGCCAGGAGCAGGCCGUGGUCACCUGGUACAGACGGGGUGAAGCCCUGCCAGCCAACCACCAGACUUUGGGGUCUCGCUUGCGGCUGGUCAAGGUCUCUCCUGCGGAUUCUGGGGAGUACGUUUGCCGGGUCAGCUCUGAUGCCGCCAGCCAGGAAGCCUCUGUCUUGGUCACCGUCCAGCAGCAGGAGGGCGGCCAUACUUUCCCCGCUGGGGUGAUUCCCCCAGUACGGAUCGAGUCUUCUUCCACCUCUCCUGCCGAGGGUCACACGCUGGACCUGAAGUGCAUCGUGUCCGGCUCCAUGCCGCAGGCCAAAGUCACCUGGUAUAAGCGAGGAGGCGCUCUUCCCACCAGCCACCAGGUCUCCGGCUUCCUCCUGCGCAUCCCUCAUGCCUCAGCGGCUGAUUCCGGGGAAUACGUUUGCCGUGUAAGCCAUGGCUCGGCCGUUCACGAGGCCUCGCUGGUGGUUACCAUCAAGGGCGAAACAGGCUUCUACGCUGUGGGAGUCACUCCCCCGAUAAGGAUUGAAACGUCAUCCACAGCCAUCUCCGAGGGGCAGACCCUGGACUUGAACUGCCUGGUGGCCGGCCAGUCCCACCCCAGGGUCAUGUGGUACAAGCGCAGGGGCGCCCUGCCGGUCCACAGCCAGAUUUUCGGCUCCCACCUCCGGAUCACGCAAGUCUCAGUGGCCGAUUCGGGCGAGUACGUCUGUUACGUGAACAACGGCACCAGCCUGCUGGAGGCCUCUGUCAUGGUUUCCAUUCCCAGCAGCGCAGGCAGCCCUCACGCUUCCGGAGCGGUCUCGCCGGUGUGGAUUGAAUCCUCCUCGUCUUCCCUCGCCGAGGGGCAGACCCUGGAACUGAACUGCCUCGUGGCCGGCCAGGCGCAGCCCAAAGUCACGUGGUUCAAGAGAGGAGGGCCCCUCCCACCUAACCACCAGGUCUUUGGCACCCGCCUGCGCAUCCCGCAGGUCUCCUCAGCCCACUCCGGGGAGUACGUCUGCCGCGUCAGCGAUGCCGCCGCCACCCAGGAAGCCGUGCUGGUGGUCACUGUCCAAGACAACGAGGGCCCCCGCCACCCUACAGGGGCUGCCCCACCCCUGAGGAUUGACGCUUCCUCCCCCUCCGCCAUGGAAGGAGAGGCCUUGGAUCUGUCCUGUGUUGCCCCAGGCCAGCCACAUGCCACGUUCGCCUGGUAUCGGCGAGAGGGUCACCUGCCUGCCGGUCACCAGGUCUCCAACUCCCACCUGCGGUUGGUCCAGCUGACCCCCGCAGACUCUGGCGAAUACGUCUGCCGCGUGAGCGGAGGAGGCGUCUCGCAAGAGGUGUCCUUCGUGGUCUCUGUCCUGGCCAACACCAGUCCUGCUUCCCGUCUGCAGAGCCCCAUCAUCUCAAUCGACCCUCACAGCGUUGUCGUGCGCCAAGGGGAAGAGGUCUCCUUCAGGUGCCACGUCCAUAAAGGCACCCCACCCCUCGAGAUCACCUGGAAGCUGCCCAAUAACCAGCUGCCAGAUAACGUGAGGAUCAGCCCUAACGGCUCUGUGAUCACCAUCUCCAACGCCCGUCCUGAAAACCACGGGGCAUACCGCUGCCUGGUCUCCAACCGCUUUGGGAUUGCCAACAGCCUGGUCAACGUCAUGGUCCAAGGGCUGCCGACAGUCUCCGUGGUGCCAAAGGGCCCCGUGCAGCUGAAAGUGGGCAAAUCCAUCAGCCUGGACUGCUUGGGGGCCGGGGAGCCCCGGGUUCUGGUGCGCUGGAGCAAGGUGGGAACCCAGAAGAAGCUGGAGAAUCAGAAGCUGCUGCCGCUGGAGAGCCGAGCUGUGCUGCAGAUCUCCUCCGCAAAGCUUGAGGAUGCUGGCACCUACGUGUGCGUGGCCCAGAGCCCCGUGGGCACCACGGAGGCGCAGGUGGAUGUGAGCGUGGAAGCGGUGCACGGCCGGCCGGGAGCCCCCGAAAUCCACGUGAGUCCAACCCAGACAGUGAAGGCGGGACAGACGGCUCGGCUCCAUUGCUCUGCCACAGGCGAUCCGACUCCCACCGUCCACUGGUCCAAGCUGAGGGCUCCGUUGCCGUGGCAACAUCAGGUGGUGAACGACACCCUCAUCAUCCCCCGGGUGGCCCAGCAGGACUCGGGCCAGUACAUCUGCAACGCCACCAACUCCGCGGGUUCCACAGAGGCCUUUGUGGUGCUGGACGUGGAGACGCCGCCCUAUGCCACCAGCCUUCCAGACAGAGCAGCGGUGCAGGAGGGCGAAGCGGUGCAGCUGCAGUGCCUGGCCCACGGCACGCCCCCCCUGCGCUACGAGUGGACCAAGGUGAAUGGCAGCCUUCCCGGGCGGGCCACGUUGCGAGAGGGGGUCCUGCACUUCAGCCCAGCUGUGCGCCAGGAUUCAGGCACCUACCGCUGCCGCGUCAGCAACCGGGUGGGCUUCGCGGAGGCUUUGGCCCAGGUCCACGUGCAAGGCCGUGCUGGAGGACCCCUGUCCGUCCAGGUCACCCCCCAGAGCGACACAAAAGCCGUGGGUGCCACAGCAGAGUUUGUGUGCUCCGUUUCCGGGGACCCGGGAGCACAGAUCGAGUGGUUCAGAGAGGGCGGGGAGCUGCCUCCCGGCCACACCAUCAGCAAUGGGGUGCUGCGGAUUGAGAAGCUGGACCGAGGGUGCCAGGGGGUUUACGUCUGCCGGGCCAGGAGUCCUUCCGGCCAGGCCCAGGAGAGGGUCAGUCUGACUGUCCAGGCCCUGCCCAAGGUGAUGAUCAACAUCCGGACGUCGGUGCAGACCGUUCUGGCGGGCACUGCCGUGGAGUUUGAGUGUCUGGCCUUCGGGGACCCCAAGCCGGUCAUCACGUGGAGCAAGGUGGGCGGGCAGCUGCGCCCGGGCGUGCUGGCAAGCGGAAGCCUGGUGAAGAUCGAGCGGGUGGAGCAGGCCGACGCCGGGAAAUACCGCUGCACCGCCACCAACGAGGCUGGCGCCGUCCAGUCCCACGUCAUCCUGCACGUCCAGUCCAUCCCCCAAGUCGCAGCCCAGCCGGAAGUGAAGGAAGUUUCUGCGGGCUCCACCGUGGUUUUCCCUUGCACGGCUUCUGGGUUUCCGGUCCCGGAAAUCAAAUGGACCAAGCUGGAAGGGGAGCUGCCCAGCGAUGCCCACCUGGAGGGGAGCAGCCUGACCAUCCCCGCUGCUCGCCCAGAAGACACAGGCGUCUACGUGUGCACGGCGUCCAACCGGCAGGGGAAGGGGACGGCCUUCUCCAUGCUCAAAGUGCGAGAGCGGGUGGUGCCAUAUUUUACCCAGAGUCCUCAGUCCUACCUGGUCUUGCCAACCAUGAAAGAUGCCUACAGAGCGUUCGCCCUCGAGAUCACCUUCCGGCCUGACACCCCGGACGGAAUGCUGGUGUACAACGGGCAGAAGAAGGACACGGGCAGGGACUUUGUCUCCUUUGGACUGGUGGGGGGCCGGCCGGAGUUCAGGUUUGACGCCGGCUCUGGCAUGGCCACCAUCCGGCACCCUUCGAUCAUCAGUCUGGGCGAGUUCCACACCGUCCUCCUCUAUCGCAACUUGACGCAGGGGUCUGUCGUCGUGGACGGCCACCCCCCCGUGAACGGCAGCUCCCAGGGCAGGUUUCAAGGUCUGGAUCUCAACGAGGAGCUGUACCUGGGCGGGUACCCCAAUUACGCGGCCAUCACAAAAACCGGCCUCAGCACUGGAUUUAUCGGGUGCGUGCGACAGCUGAUCAUCCAAGGGAGAGAGGUGAUUUUCAAAGAUUUUGACCUGCAAGCCCACGGAGUCUCAAACUGCCCCACGUGCCAAGACCGUCCGUGCCAGAACGGAGGGGUCUGCCGAGACUCGGAGAGCAGUGGCUACGUGUGCGAGUGUCCCCGGGGCUUUGCCGGGAGCAACUGCGAGCACUUCCAGGCCCUGCGCUGCCACCCAGAGGCCUGUGGGCCCGACGCGACCUGCGUGAACCUAGCCACCGGGGAGGGUUACACCUGCCGUUGCCUCCUUGGCCGACACGGGAAGAAAUGCAUGGCGGGCAUCACGGUGACCACCCCCCACUUCCACAGGGGGGACGCUUUUAUCUCCUACCCGCCCCUCACCAACAUCCACUACGAGCUGCGCCUGGAUGUCGAAGUCAAGCCGCUGUCCCCCAACGGCCUCAUCCUCUUCAGCGGGGGCGACGGGGCCCCCGUGGCCGACUUCGUCUCGCUCAACCUGGUCAACGGGCACUUGGAAUUCCGCUACGAGCUGGGCUCAGGUACCGCGGUGCUUCGGAGCCCCAAGCCCCUGGCCCUGGGGCAGUGGCACAAGGUGGCGGCCGAGCGCUUGAACAAAGACGGCACCCUGCAGGUGGAUGAGGAGCGGCCCGUAAAGAGGUCCUCCCCCGGGAAGAGCCAGGGCCUCAACCUUCGCACUUCCAUGUACCUGGGAGGCGUGGAGGACUCCGUCAAGCUUCCGGCAGCCGCCAACAUCUCUAGCCACUUCCACGGCUGCAUCGGAGAGGUUUCGGUCAACGGAAAGAAGGUGGACAUUUCGUACAGCUUCCUAGAGAGCCGCGGCAUCUCGCAGUGCACCGACAGCUCCCCUUGCGACCGCAGGCCCUGCCAGCACGGCGGCCAGUGCCUGCUCACCGGGGAGUACGAGUUCCAGUGCCUGUGUCCGGAUGGCUACAAGGGAGAACGUUGCGAGGUGCCCGAGGUCCAGUGCCAUCUCCAGUAUCCCUGCCUCAACGGGGGCACCUGUAAGGAGACGACGUGUCUGUGCCCCCCAGGCUUCUCAGGGUUGUACUGUGAACGUGACGAACGCCAGUACCAGCUGAGGGCCGAAUGGCCUGAAGGCAGCGGAGGAAACGACGCUCCUGGGCAGUAUGGAGCCUAUUUCUGCAACGGGGGCUACGUGGCCCUGCCGAGCCACGCUUUCCCCAGGAGUUCUCCCGAGUCGCCGGAAACCAUUGAGUUGGACGUGCGCACCAACUCUCCGAAUGGGCUGCUCUUCUGGCAGGGGGUGGCAACUGGAGAGCCAGGUCCUGGGCAGCAUGUGCCUAACGAGGAGGAAGGGGAACCAGGCAAAGGAAAGGAUUUCAUUAGCCUCGGGCUGAAGGACGGGCACCUGUUGUUCAGUUACCAGCUGGGAAGCGGGGAGGCCAACAUCCGCUCUGAGGACCCUGUAGACGACGGGGAGUGGCAUCGAGUGACUGCUGUCCGGGAAGGGAAAAGAGGCUUCCUUCAGGUGGACGGGGAGGAGGCGGUGACCGGAGAGUCUUCCGGCAGGAACGUCAUGGUGAACACCAAAGGCCGGAUCUACAUAGGAGGAGCCCCUGAGAUCCAGACCCUGACGGCAGCGAAAUACGCCUCGGGAAUCACCGGCUGCAUCAAAAACGUGGUGCUGGUCAAUGCCCGGCCAGGCCAGGAGCCCCGGCAGCCGGUCGACCUGCAGCAUCACUCGGAGACGGCCCUGAACAUUCAGGAGUGCCCCUCAUAGGGGAGGCCCCCUCUGCCGCCCUCCCGCCUCUUCGUUGCUGUCGCCAGGCCAAGGGAGAGACAUCUACGCUGAUUAUGAUUAUUUUAUUAUUAUUAUGAUGAUGAAUUUUUUAAAAGGAAGAAACAAAAAUGGUGCUUUGCUGCUGCCAAAAAGGGGGGGGAGGGAGUCGGCUCGCGGCAUCCUCGGCGUGGCCAGGAGGAAGGGAGCCACUCGGCCCUGCGGGCACGGAG